UGGAGCCUCAUUUGGAAAGCUGGAGCAUGGAAAAAUCAGGAAGAAAGAAGAAUCUCUGAGCAGAACCUCAAUUUUAUGGUCUGUUUCGACAUUACUCAACAGAAAAGUGACUUCAUCCCAGAUUCCCAGGUAGAACCCCAAACCAUGGCCUACUAUGACUCGCUGGAUGACAAGGACUCUGUGGAUAUUCAUGACAACCCCCCUCUACCAGAUAAUGUGGUGAAAGAGGAAGACAACACGGUAUAUUUCAUCUAUGACGAAGAGGUUGAAGAAGAGGAGCGAGAUGAGCCGCCUCCCCCGGAAUCCAUCAAACCGGUCAACGACCGACCUCACAAGUUCAAAGAUCACUACUGCAAGAAGCCCAAGUUCUGUGACGUCUGCGCGCGCAUGAUAGUCUUGAACAACAAGUUUGCACUGCGCUGCAAGAACUGCAAGACCAGCAUCCACCACCAGUGUCAGUCCUACGUGGAGUUCCAGAGGUGCUUUGGCAAAAUUCCUCCAGGUUUUAGGAGAGCAUACAGUUCUCCUCUUUACAGCAGCCAGCAGAAUGCCACUGUAUCUCAGCUGUUGCCCUUCUCACAAUCCAAUCGUACCGACCCCGUGUUUGAGACGCUGCGCAUCGGCGUCAACAUGGCCAACAAGGAGCGUAAAAAAGGCUCAGAGGACAAAAAGAAUAUGAUCAUGAUGAUGGAGGAAGAUGAAUCCCAGCCCAAAGUGGAGAACGGCAGCAAUGAAGGACCGACCUCAGAGGGAGACAGGCGUGGAGGAGGUGGAGAUAAAGCUCCAGCAGAUGACAAGAGUAAAAAACCUCAGCCAGGGAAGAUUGGUGUGUUCAGCCAGUCUCAUUACUAUCUGGCUUUGUACCGCUUUAAGGCCAUCGAGAAGGAUGACCUGGAUGUACAUGCUGGCGACCGCAUCACAGUGAUCGAUGACUCCAACGAGGAGUGGUGGAGGGGGAAAAUCGGCGAGAGGGCAGGCUUCAUCCCCGCCAACUACAUCAUCAGAGUACGUGCAGGAGAGCGAGUCUACAAGGUGACGCGCUCCUUUGUUGGCAACAGAGAGAUGGGACAAAUUACUCUGAAGAAAGACCAGAUUGUGGUGAAGAAAGGCGAGGAGGUAAACGGCUACCUGAAAGUCAGCACAGGACGCAAGCUGGGCUUCUUCCCUGCCAACUUACUCCAGGAGAUAUGAGUACACCCCGCCCACCUCACAUAAGAUAAGAUAAGAUAUGCCUUUAUUCGUCCCUCAGUGGCGAAAUUUGCAUUGCACAGCAGCAAGAGUACAGAAUCAGUUAAGCAGUACAAAAUACACAAUAUAGAAAAAUAAUAUGAUACAUACAUAAUAUGACACAUGAUACAUGACUUUAAGGGUUAAUUCCACUUAUUAGGAUGAAACUAUACUUGAAACUGACCAUCAUUAAGCAGACCAAUGACAAUGACAAUAUAAAAUAUGAUAUUAGACUACAUGGCUGCAUAACUCGAGAAUCCGGAAUGUGAUUAUUAGCCUCUAAAGCAGAAGCAUUAUCAUAUAUUUGUUGGGGAAUGAUGUAAAGUAUUAUAUUGGUAUUUAUGUGGUGUGAUUAGCAACAGGAAGUGCUGUGGAAA